GUCACACACAUGCAAGCAAUCCACUCGCACGGUGUUAUUUAAAUAUCAAGUAUGGCCGCUGACAACGUAAACUGAAUGCAUCCAGGGCGUGGUUCAGUUGUUCGAAGUCGGGACUGAGUGUUUGGUGUAAUUGAAAACCCCUGUAUCGAGAACUGUGUGACUUUUAUUUAGUAUUUUAUAAAUAAUCAAGUAAACACAGGAACACGAUGAGCAACACGUCAAAGAAGAGAAGUUUGUCCGGCAAUGUGGGAGUGGUUGUAUUUUUGAUAGGGUUAGUGUGCAUCUGCGUGAGUUUUGGCACCCCAGCGUGGCUUGUAAGUGAUUAUCGGAUACCUGGAGCACAAUUGGAUAAACUAGGCCUAUGGACCCACUGUUUCCGAUCUCUGGCUAAUCCAAUAGAGGCUAACCCUCGACGCUAUUUUGUCGGAUGCAGAUGGGUCUACGAUCCAUUCACAGCGGGCUACUCGGAUAUUCGAGGAUUCCUUUUGCCUCCUUUUAUGAUAGCAACGCAGACCUUCUUUACUCUGGCUUUCUUACUGUCAGUCGUGUCAUUUGGAUUGAUACUGCUGUUUGCUCUAUGCAGUGACCCUGAGCAACGACAUUAUAUUCUGCUGAUACAAGUAAUUAGCUACCUACUGCUGAUCGCUGGAAUUAGUGGGUGUUUAGCUGUUAUUAUAUUUGCAUGCCUUGGCAACACUGACCAUUGGAUGCCUGGGCAUGUGAACAACUUUUUCGGCUGGUCAUUCGGAUUAGGUGUUGUUGGCAGUGUCGUUUUGCUAAUAGCUAGUACUCUAUUCUUUGUCGAAACCAAUAUUCAAAACAAGAAACGCGAGUAUCUUAAAGAAUCCCAAACACGCUUUCAGUUGGAAUCUCAGGCUUAAGCUUUGAUUGUUUAUAUUCAUAAAUAAUUGUAAAAAGGACAAGCAACUUCGCGGCAGCUUUCAGUUUGAGAUGGUUUAACCCAGGGUAGACAUUUUUUUCUUAGUAUAGUAUUUAUAGAUAAUGUUUAUGAGAUUUUAUCUCGCUAAUACCUCAUGGACUAUUUAGCAUCAGUCGACUAUUUUUAGAUGCAAGAAUAGCUGGAAACAUACAAUGUUACGCAGAAGCUAAACCAAUUGCAUUUUGUUGGUUGUCGAUGUUAUCUUUAAAAAUUCACUGUAACAUUGAAAAUUAUUUUUAUUUCUUUCGACGAAGGCAGAGCACUAAGAUUCCAGUCAAUCUGUAGUGUGAAUUUCUUACAACUUCUUUUAUCAAUAGUCACAUGUAAGGUAAUUUUGGAACAACAAAUUUUGACAGGAUAGUUUUGAAAACGAACUUGAAAUAAACUUGCAGUGCAUUACCUUUGUCUUAUUUCAAGAAACAGUUGAUAGUGCUGUGAUAAAUUUUUAAAGGUAAUGUUGACAAAAAAAUAAAAUGGUUCACUUUUGCCUUGUGGUAAGCUUAGAUUGUUCAAAUUUGAGUAGUGCGCUUAAAAAAAACUAUGUGAAAGAGAUUGAGAUGACAUGAGACAAAGAUUCAAAAUAGUUGCAAUUCAAUUUUUGGAUUGACAGAUGGGAAUUGCAUAUAAAAAAUCAUUGUGAAAGUUUGAAGGCCAUGAACCAUGAGGAUUUUUCACUUGAAGUAUAUCAGAUUAUACGGUAAUGUAUUAUCCAGUAUAUAAGUAUACUAUACAUUUAGCUCAUAUUAUUAAGUUUUCGUACUGUUCAGGAAAGUUAUGAAAGUGAGCCAAUUCUAAUAUAAUUGAAGAUCACAUCUUUUGAGUCUGAAAUUUUUUUCUGUAGUGUUAACGCACCAUGAUCAAAGAUCAUUCCGUCUUAAAUAUCAUCCGUCCGUAUGUUAAUUAUUUGUUUAUUGUCUGUAUCUAUAAGAUCCGUCCGUAGUUUCGUAAGUAUAGAAUUAAGCAGUGAAAAGUAUUAGCAUUUUGUAUAUGAUAUACACCUGUUCUGCAUUAUCAAAUAACUCUAAUCUUAGUACAGCUAUUGUGCAGGUGAUAAUCUUAUAGAGAACUUAGUCUUUCCAUAAUGAAGUACCAUAGAAGGGCUAUGGCUAUAUAAAACGAUCUUUCUUUAUUCCAAUCUGUGUAACGAAGUGUAGUUUGCACUCGCGGUGAGUUAAAAAAAAAUAUGUUAUAUGCAGCUAUGAAGUUGAGCUUUAAUUAAUGAAGUAAUUCAGAUCAAAAACUACAAUGAAACUCCAUUUCAGUUGAACACAUAAAUCUUUCAUCUUUCUAACUCAUCAACAACUUAUUUUUGGGUUUGUGAAGGAAAUGUUACAAUUUAUGUCUAUAGGAUCAUCACCUUAGAAAUCACUAGCACUCUCUGUCCGAAUGUAAUGCAUAAAAUUAAUUUUAUACAUGUUUGCAUUCAUGUAUACCAUGUUAUUUUUUACGAAUAAAGACAUGUAUUUACUUCUUUA